AUGACAGACAUCAAUGCCCAUAAACAUCCUAAAACACACACUCCAUCAACUUCAAUCACACCUCUGCCUAUACUUUUAUCAGACCAAGCUUCAUCUUGUUCAUCAUUAUGGAAGGAGAUUACCCAGACUAUUUUCUCCCUCUUUGGGUCUUCUCCAACCCCACCAAGAAGAGCUAUUUUGAUGGAGUUUGGUCGGUUUGUGUGGCUAGAGAGAAAAGACCAUGCUUUGGAGCUCUAUGAUGCAGGGUUCUUUGGCAAAGGAUCCCUUUCCAGAAGUAAACCUACCUGGCACGAGCGACACAGCUCACAAUCUGAAAACAGUCCAUUUCUGGAACAAAUUACUGUUGAUCGUCGAAAACAGAGGAGAGAGAAAAAGAGACUCGACAAGGGAUCUUUGGUAGACGAUCGUAUGGAUAUUCUUCAUGACACAUAUAGUAGUGCAGAGAUACUAGACUUAAUAGAAGGUCAAGACAUUGAGUGCCUUCAAUUGGAUCUAUUAGAAGCAUUUUUCCUUGCAUUUUCACUCAAUGCCCUGGAAAUAUGCGACACAUCUCAGAGGGUUUUGUCAGUCAAGGAGUGUUGGGAUAUCUUUGGUCGCAUUUUCGCAUGUUCAUCUCAUGAUCCUGAACACAGUCUGCAACUACCAGUCGCAUGUCAACCCAAUAUCUUUAAUGCACACUAUGCUGCCUAUCAUUAUUACAGGAGUCUGGGCUGGGUUCCCAAGAAUGGCGCAAAGUUUGGGGUUGACUUUGUCCUAUAUCAAUCUGGCCCAAGAUUUCGCCAUGCUGACUUUGCUGUGGUGGUCUUACCACAAAAUGAGACCUCAGACAAGACCACCAGCUCACGUAGCUGGAAAUGGCUUCUUGGAGUCAAUAGAGUUUGUACUCAAGUCAAAAAGACACUUGUACUAUGCUAUGUAUCCGUACCUCAAUACAAAGGAGAUUUUGACAUAUCCCUCUUGAGAAACUGCACAAUACAGCAGGUAGUUCUGAAACGCUGGUCUGCUGAAAAAAAUAGAGAGACCAAAUAG